AUGUACACCGAACGCGUAAGACUGGCUGGGCUCCAGUUUUUCUUCAAGUUGACCCUUGUUUGGGCGGUUCUGAAUGAUGCCACCGAGUCCCACUUCAGCCGAAGAGGCCAUGCCGACGAGUCGUCGCCAGGGGCAACACCUGCGGAGCGCAGUAACCUGUCACUGAUGAGCUGGCAAGCGUUUCAACAGCACAAUUCCCACUCGGCCGACCAAGUGGCGAUAGACGAAUUGGCCAGCCUUGACCGGCUACUGGAGACGUCAAAGGAAUUUACUUUUUCCCCAAUCGUGACUGCUCCGGGCAUCGGUGAACAAUUAGCCCAAUCGGUCGGAAAACCCGGACGCCUGAUCGAGUCUGAGAUGGCGUCCCAGUCGACCCCCAGACUGUCGGUUACCAGAAUGCUACAGCUGCUUUGGCCCGGCCGACUUGACACCGACUUCACCUCGGUCCAUCCCCCGUUGCAGGCCUAUCGACGGCCCGGAGGCUGGACUGAACCCCACGAGCCGGCCAACCGUAGGGAGGCUGAGACGCGACUGAUAGCACAAGUCUUCUCUCGCCUUCGAGCCAUCACUCAGGCCGAUGUGGGGCUCUACAAUGCCAGUCAAGUCGACGAAUCGUCGCAUCAGAGUCUACGAACCGGCCUACGUCAGCGCUGGCGCCGGCGUCGUAAACAACGUUACAGAAAUCAGGCCAGAUUGAGCCCGGCGCAUCGCGACAGCCUUAAAGGGCUCUCCGAUUUGGACGUUUUGACUCGCACGGGAUUUCGCCAUUGGCUGGCACGAGUGAUGACUACCUUCACCAGUUGCCCAGUUCACUACAUUUGGAGGGACCUCGGCCCAGAGUUCUGGCCCCGAUGGGUCAAAUGGGGCCGUUGUCUUUACACAGACAGACCCGCGGUCAGCUGCUCCUUGCCUCCCGGGAUGACUUGCCAGCCGGCCAGGUUUGUACAGGUUCCUCUGCUGCGCUACAUCUGUUUCGGUGACUGGCCAAGGCAUAAGUGCAGAUGGUACAGAUACCAGACGAGAGGUCUAGUCCGGUGCCAGUGUGGCGGUUGCCGGGGUUCUGAGGAGCACGUCAUUCGGCCGACAUCUUCCGGCUUCCCAUCUGCCCCAGCAACCUCACCAUCGCCGGUACCG